GCGGAAAGGGCCGAAAGCACAGCGCAGUCUUCUCCCCAUCUCGGGUCAGGAAGGCGACGCAUACUCAACAGUCCAAGUGCAAGGUUGCUUGAUCACGGAGCUCACGGGAUAUACUGUACUCGAAUUGUACUUCCCCACACUAUUGAAGAGCCAUCAUGGAGGCCCCAAAGUCAUCCAACCGCCGAGCCUCCCGUAACCGCCGCGCAGACUCCUUCAUCUCAGAAGUCACUUCUACCAACGAUGAGGUCGCCAACAACCUCCCGGCGCUGGGUAAGGAGCCCCCUCGGGGCGGAUUCCAACACGAUGCUCAGCUUGUUAGUCCGGAAGUCGCUCAGCAGAUAAUUGGCGCGUUGGAAAAACGGGUUACGGAGUGUGGACAAGGCUUGUCGAUGCAUCUUGAGAAGAAGUGCGAGCAACGUCUCGCCAGUGCUACUCAGCUCCUCGAGAAGUUCAAGGAGACGCAACAGACGAAAGUUAUCCCGCAGAUGGAGGACUACAAACGAAAGCUCGAUGAAAUCGCGGAUGGGCGCGGUGGCGAAGCUCAGAAACAGCUGAAAGAGUCUCUUGAAAACCAUGAGUUGUUGAUGAAUACGCUGUUUGAACGCUUCGACAAGAACUCCGCUGCUAUCGCCAAAUGCCGCAAGGGUUUUGAGAAACAAGCGCAUGAACUGAGGGUCAACCAGCAAGCGGAAAAUGCCGCCUUGUUGAAGAAACUAGAGCAGCGGGUCAGUACUUUCAAGAAGACGGCAAACAAGUCGGCCCAGAAUCAAAACUUCGCUGCUGUUAAGAAGUCGAUGAUGUCCCUCCUCUCGAUGUGAACAUUUUUUGCGCCUUCGACGGACCCCCAAGCGUAGCAGUUGUCCUAUUACAUAUA